GCCCUCAUCUCAUUGUAGUGCCAUCUUGAGUUGUGCAAGGUCCAUCCAGCGCGGUGUACACGUCAGCGGCCAGCUGGACGUGUCUGUCAUCCCUCCAUCUGUCUGCCACGUGGCGCGUUUGAACGCCUUUGCUGGGGGGCACGCAGAUGUGUUAUCUUCGUAGUUCACUCUGUAGCUGCCCAUGCACGUAGUUGUCGAUGCAGUACUACUAUAACUCGGUGGAUCUCAGCGGCCACGUCACUUUCUACAGAUAUACAAGAGGGUUGCUGCGGGCUGUAUGCACGUGUGCAUAUCCGUUAUUCAGAAUUGAUUAGCCUUCCGAUUCCGUUGCGCGCCGUUGAUUGAGUGUGUUUUGUGGUCGAUUGGCGGUCGAACGGGCAUCGAGCGACGUCAUCUGUGUCGGUGAUCUGAUCUAAUAAGCUCAUCAAGAUACUUGAUUGGGGGCUGUUGGCACGUUUCCAAAGAUGGGUGUGUACAGAAUCGUCCUUCCGGACGCGAGCAUGGCGUCGCUGAUGAACACGCUAGAACAGAUAGCGGACUUCUCCAGUGACGUGGAGGAUGACGUCAACUCGUCGACGGCAGCGGAUAAGUCGCGACGGGAGUACGUGAAGGAGCGACAGGCGAUGGCCAACGCGGCGGUGGACGUGAAGGAGACGCCUACGUCGUACGAGUUCGUCGCGGACGUGCCGGGACUCAGUGGUGAGAACGUGAAAGUGCACGUGGAGAACGGCAAUACUCUCGUGAUCAGCGGCAAGCGCAGGCGAGACGCGUCAGCGUCAGCGGCGGAGGAGAAUGGGGAGAAGAAGCAAUUCAAGUACCUGCGGAUGGAGAGGAGAGUGGGCAAGUUCGUGCGCAGGUUCACCCUGCCAGAAGAUGCGGAGCUGGAUAAGAUUGGCGCGCAAUGCCGGAAUGGCCUCCUCACCGUCACAGUACCCAAGAUCCCUCCGCGAGAACCGGAAAAGCCCAAGGUGAUCGACAUUCAAAUCAGCUAACUUAAAGCAGAAAUGCAUACCCAAUCAGCUGAGGGCAAAGAAGAGUUCAUCUCCCAUCGAGGAUGCUGGCAUACGAUAUGUUGCGGGUGACUGAUCUCUCAUCCAGUUGGUGUCGAAGCAGAACGUUGGGAAGAGUAACCAAGGCAAGUAGGGGGGGACCUGCGUUAUGGUGUUCCCGCCGCAAUGCACAUGACCAG